AUGGUCCCUUCCCUCUCUGUCCUGCUUGCAAGCUGCCUGCCCCUGAUAUUGGGAGUUGCUUGGGAUGGAGGUGAAGCUCCCGCGUGCCUCAGAAGUCCCUCGGAGGGUGUCGAUUCUUGUGGGCCCCGAGUCAAGAGAGAAGGUGGCCUGAUCCGUGGCGCUGCCUACCUCAAGCUCUCCCCGGGUUCCUCAGCGCCCUUAGACUCUGUGCAGGUGCAGCAGUUCCUCCAGACCGUGAGCAUCCCCCGGGAGGUAGCUGGCACAUCAAGCAGUAUCGCCAGCCUGGGCAUCACUACCAAGUGUGACCCCCGGCAGUGGGAGAUGAUGGUGUUUGGCUACAGCCGGAAUUGCCGCUGUCUCCCUGGCUACCAGUACAGUGACAGCAACUGCUCUCGCUUCCAGGGGUGUGGGGGCCUCUUCCAGGCUGCGGCCUCCCUGGUCUUCUCUCCCCCCUGCGAUUGCCUCCGCUGGACUUCCGAAGACCCCGGCUACUGCCUGCCGCUGCUGGAGGCGGCCACAGACAGCGAACAGCUGCCUCCCGAAGUGGCCUCUGGGGGGGCUGACGAAGACCUGACCCUCUCCUUCAGCCUGAAGGAAGGAGCCACGGAGGUGAAGUUCUACCUGCUCAACUCCGAGGGGGCCAAGGAAAUCUUCAACGGCACUCAAGUGACGCUGCUGCAGAGCGGCUCCGAGGUGGAGCUGAGGCUCUCCUCCGUCUCCCCAGACUGGGCUGGAAAAUACAUCUGCCGCUACUUGUACGAAAACGCCAUGCACGAGCUGACCAAGGAGGUGAUCAUUCCCCUCGUCGCGGCAGACCUCGUCCAGACACGGUCGCAGCUCUCCAUGAACUGCAGCUCCCCUGAGGGCCUGACUCUGCAGUGCUGCGUCCGGAACAGAGGAGGAGAGCUCAGGGCAUCGUGGAAUCCAGGUGCCCCAGACCCAGUUCGCCUGGGGGGCAACAGAGACCCACUCUGCCACUUCCUCACCCUGAAUUCCUGCCCCAGCGGUGACACCGCCUAUCAGUGCACGUUUGAAAGCGACCACCUCGGAUCCGUGCAGACCACAGUGUCGGUGGGCCCGAUUCAAGCUGGAGAUCGCUUCUGCCCAGGCGAGAACUCUACAGGCAGGUGGGAUUCCACGAAGGCAGGACAGGUGGCUGAGCUCCUGUGUCCCAAGGGUACCGAUGGAAAGAUGCUCCGGUCCUGCUCUCCUGGAGGGACCUGGGAAUAUGUCCAAGACAGCUGCACGAAUCACCGACUGCUGUCUGGGUUGCACGAGGCCCAGCUGCUCCAGGCAGGGUUGGGCAGCCCCCAAACCGAGGUCCCUUGGAUGAUAGACUGGCUGAAGGCAGAGGCGGAGUCCGGGAACAUCCAGGGCAGAAACCCCCGGGACCUCCUGGCUGUCCUCGACACCAUGGACAUCAUCUCGGAGGUGGCUCUGGGAGCCCAGAUGCGCCUGGAGAGCAGCGUUGUGUCUAAUUUUCUGGCUGCUGCCAACACGAUGCUGGACGUAGACCCGGGGCCGGAGUGGUCUGCGGUGGAAGCCCUGAGCCCGUCGGCCGCUUCCAGACUCCUGCAGUCCAUCGAGAACCUCGCCAGCCUCCUCCUGCCGCCCUCGGGCAGCCCUUACAACUUGACGCUCCCCAACAUUGAGCUCCAGAGCGCCCAGAUGGGCCCUGAGUUCGAGGACUUCAACAAGGGCUUUGACACGGACCCCCCUCUCCGCAUCCACAUCGAGGAGGAGGAGUUGCUGCGCUGCGGAGAGAACAUCACCGUCACCAGCCUGGCGCUGAAGAAGCUGGGCAGAAUCCUGCCAGGCAGCCGUGGCGCCAAGGCCAGGCUGGGCAGCUUACUGAUGUCCAACUCCGUCACGGCUUCCAACGGGAGCGUCUCGCAGGUGGAGGUGGAGAUGACCUUUGGCCACUGGAACGACACCGGCGGACGGCAGGAGGAGGACGAGGAGGAGGAGGGGGUGGCGCAGUGUGUGUUCUGGGACCACAGCCUGCACGGCAGGGUCGGCGGCUGGUCAGCCGAGGGGUGCCAGGCCUCCGGCGCCGAAACCGCCACCAAGUGCACCUGCCGCCACCUGACGUCCUUCUCCAUUCUCAUGUCUGCCCAUCCUGUGCCAAACAGCUUUGCCCUCACCUUCCUGGGCACCUUCGGGGUCUGCGCCUCAAUCCUGGCUCUCAUCGCCACCCUCGCCAUCUACUACCUCGUCUGGACUUCGGUGGUGAAGAACAAGGUGGCUUACUUCCGCUACACCACGCUGGUCAACAUCGCCCUGUCCCUGCUGAUGGGCAGCUUCUGGUUCCUGGGCGCCUCUCGGCUGGAGGCCGACCCCGAGAGCAAGCUGUGCGUGGCGGCCGCCUUCUUCACCCACUUCUGCUACCUGGCCAUGUUUUUCUGGAUGCUGGUCCAGGCCCUGAUGCUCUUCCACCAGCUGGUCUUCGUCUUCCACCAGCUGAGCACCCGCUCCGCCCUGCCCUCCAUGCUCUCGCUGGGCUACCUGUGCCCCUUCGCCAUCGCCGUGGCCACCGUGGCCGCCUUCCUCCCCCGGGGGGGCUAUCUCCAGCGGACCGUCUGCUGGCUCUCCUCCCACAGCAAAGCCAUCUACGCCUUUUCCGUGCCCGUCUUGGCCGUCGUCUCGGCCAACGCGCUCAUCCUCUUCGUGGUGCUGCUGAAACUCAUGAGGCCCUCGGUGUCCGAGGGGCCCCAGGGGGAGGAGUGGAAGGCUCUGGUCAGCAUCUUCAAGGCCCUGCUCAUCCUCACGCCCGCCUUCGGGCUGACCUGGGGACUGGGCGUCAUCACCAUGACCACGGAUGCCUCGCAGUUCACCCAUUACAUGUUUACCAUCCUCAAUUCACUCCAGGUGGGUGUGGAGCAGGGCCAAGGUAAUGGUGUGCGCGCGUUUGUGUAA